AUGGAGACGCUUCCCGACGACGUGGUGGUGGAGAUCCUGUUGCGCGUGAGGGAUGUGGCAGCCCUCUUCCGCUGCGCCGCGACGUGCAAACGAUGCCACCUCCUCAUCGCCGAGCCGUCUUUUCUCCGCCGCCGCUGGCCGGAGAGCGUGAGCCACCAGUCCUCCCUACUCGGCUUCUUUGCGGUGCAACAGCCCCGUCAAGAACCAACAGAAGGGAGCUCUACGGCUACGCCCAUGCCGUCCUUCACCCCGGUGCCAUGGUCCCCCCUCGGAGAGCGCCAGCGCUUCCUCGCCAUCCCUGAUCAGCCUCAGGGCAACCAGGCAGUGGUGCUCACCUCGCGCCGUGGCCUUGUUGUUGUGUGCGCCGUCUCACUCGACGCCCCCAACAGCGUGAUCCUGACAGUGUGCGAUCCAAUCGCCGGCACAAGUCGCCGGCUGCCUCCGUUGAAAUUCGACAAUACGUCUUCUCGAAUAAAUGGAUGUACCAUUGUAACCCGUGCGGAUUGUUGCCCGGCCAAACGGCGAGGGGCGGCGCCGUCAGUCUACUCGUCCUUCAAAGUGUUCAUCAUCAGCUUCGACACACAGUACAAUUUUCACGUGUUCGCGUCCAAUGAGUCGAGCUGGAGAACGCCUAUAAACUGGUUUAAACCUGUGGAUUAUGCCGGACAUGUGGUGCCCCAGCAGGUCAACAUUGUCGUGUGCCGAGGCAUGGCACACUGGCUCUUUGGGUACAUGUCAAACUUCUACACACUCAAUGUGUGUGCUAAGACCACGCGGAUGUCUUUAACUAAGCUACCAGUCACACCGAACCACCUCGGCCUCAAGUUUUCCAGUGCCCUGCUUAAUGUCACCAGUGACGGGAAGCUAUCGUUGCUUGGUUUAUAUACGGACUGCACCGGGCUGGAGAUCUGGACACAUCAAGGUGACAACAAGAGUGAAGAUGCCACGGCAGACUGCUGGCAUUACACCAAGAUGAUUGAGCUAAAACAACCCAAGCACAGUGCGGUCAACCUGGUGCAAUGUGUGUGCGUGAGCGAGAUAAGCGGUAAACUGCUUGUCAAAGACAAUCAAGAUUGCGUGCACAUUGUACAUCUCCAAACUGGGGCGAUGGACAAUGUCACCGACUGGUUUUGCGGCAUUGUCACGAUGGCUGUCCCAUUUGAGGUGGAUUGGCCAGCCUUGUUCAUGUCUCGCUUGGCGCGCGGUAGAAUCAAGCGGAAUAAACUGAGAAGAGCUAUAUCAAAAAUUGCUUACCAUUUAUGGGGACCAAUAGUUGUGUCAAUUAUCUUUGGGUCAGUUGCUAUGAGUCGGUACUAUUAG